CAUGGGACAGUUUGCUCCAAAAACAAUUAUAAAAUAAAAAAGACCCAUUUCAAUUAGAAAAAAAGGCCCAAUCUGGUUGUGUGUAUUAUUUGUACAUUUCCAACUACUUACAGUGAAACAACACAAUAUCAACAAAACACAACACACACAACAGAACAUAAAUUAAAAUAUGCAAAUGACAAAGCAGCCUCCAGGUUCGUUCCUGCUGCUCAUUUUCCUCACCACUCCAGCACGUAGUCCCAUAUUAUGUAGCAACAUUAUUUCACCCUCAUCUCCCUCCCUCCUGUUUGUGUGGGCUGUGCAUUUUGUGUAACCCCUCCCUCCUCCUUCUUCUCAGUGUUGACACACAGGGCACCAUACAUUUUCACCAGUCACGUGUGGCUUUAACAGUAAAACAGACGAGAAAAAAACGGCUCGUUUACCGAAGAGCCUCCUCCCUUUGUACACUUCAAAAAGUUGGAUCGUUUGCGGACGACCCAUCACUCGUUGACGAACCACAAGCAAGCCCAGUCCAACCACACGGUGUCGGAUAGGAGAAGAGAACGGGGUAGAGUGUGGACCUGCUCAGUCAGAGCUGUCAUUGAGCCUAUACUGCUGCUUUCUGUGGAUUUUUCUCGUUGACUGUUUCUAGCUGGAAGAAAGGAGUUUUGGGUUCAUGGCUGACAAGAGUAUAUCAGAGGGAGCCUGCCUCGUUGUCUAUGCAUGGAGUCUGCCCAUAGAAAGCUGAGGUGCAGGCUGUCCCUCCAAACCAGCAUCCCUUACAAACACAAGGGUGUGCCCGAAACAGCAUAGACUUUUCUUUCAAGGAGCCUGGAGCUGUGUGAGGAGCGAGACAGGAGCGAGGAAGGGGAAAAAAAUAAACACACAAGCUUUUGAUGAAUUCCACCAAAACCUGAAAGUCAAAUAGAGGCUGCUUGUCCAGGGGAGACAUUUGGACAAUGAGGAUGGGCUGCCUCUGUCUCCAAGUUUUCACUCUUGUACUUGUUAUUUGUCUUCAUUCACCUGCUGCUGAGAAUGACGUCACUCCACGCCUCACCUUCUCUUAUGAUGCAAAAGAGAGGGCAUCCAGAAGUUUCUCAGUGGGAGGGGUCUUCAACUUCACAUCUCUCCUGCUUAGUAAAGAAGAUGACAAGCUGUACGUCGGCGCUCGAGAGGUUCUGUUCGCUCUCAACCUCUCAGACAUCAGCGCUCUGACACUGCAAAGAAAUCUCACAUGGAAAACUCCAGACAGGAAGCGAGACGAAUGCAGUUUUAAAGGGAAAGACCUGCAAACUGAUUGCUUCAACUACAUCAAGAUCUUACUGAGAGUGAACAGCACUCAUCUUUACGUGUGUGGAACGUACGCCUUCAGCCCCAUCUGUGCUUACAUCAACACUGCCAACUUCUCCCUCGUCAGGAGCAACUCUGGCGAGAUUGUCACAGAGGAUGGACGGAGCCGUUGCCCCUUUAACCCUGAGUACAAGUCCACCGCCAUCAUGGCUGAUGGAGAGCUGUAUGCUGGCACAGUCAGCAAUUUUCAGGGGAAUGAACCAAUCAUUUAUAAGAGUCUCAGCCAAGGAACUGCUCUAAAAACGGAAAAUUCACUAAACUGGCUUCAAGACCCGGCCUUUGUUGGUUCCGCUUACAUCCAGGAAAGCCUGCCCAAGGGCAACCCUGUGGGCGACGACGAUAAGAUUUACUUCUUCUUCAGUGAGGCGGGAAAGGAGUUUGAUUUCUUUGACAACACCAUCGUGUCACGCAUUGCUCGCGUGUGCAAGGGAGACUUGGGAGGUGAAAGGGUCCUGCAGAAAAAGUGGACCACCUUUCUCAAAGCUCAACUUUUGUGCUCACUGCCUGAUGACGGCUUCCCGUUUAACAUUAUCCAGGACAUGUUUGUGUUGACACCCAGCACAGGGGACUGGAAGAACACUGUGUUUUAUGGAGUCUUCACCUCUCAGUGGUAUAAUGGUGCUUCAGGAAGCUCUGCUGUGUGUUCCUUUACCAUGGAGCAAGUUGAAAAAGCCUUCAGCGGCCGUUACCGUGAAGUCAACAGAGAAACCCAGCAGUGGUACACUUACAACCAUCCCAUCCCUGAACCUCGACCUGGAGCGUGUAUCACGAAUGGGGCCCGGAGCCAGCGCAUCUUGUCAUCGCUACACAUGCCAGAUAAGGUCCUGAAUUUUGUCAAAGAUCACUUCCUCAUGGACAGCGUGCUCCGCAGCCAGCCUCUGCUGCUCAAACGCCACGUUCGCUACACGCAAAUUGCUGUGCAUCAAGUGCAGGUGGCGCACAAAGCCUACCAUGUGCUCUUCAUUGGCACAGAUGAUGGCAGACUCCAUAAAGCCAUGAGUGUGAAGAACAAGAUGCACAUCAUCGAGGAGAAGGUGCUCUUCCGUGACUCCCAGCCAGUGCAGCACAUAGAACUACACUCUGAAAGGGGUCUGCUCUAUGUUUCCACUUUCUCAGAACUGGUGGAGGUCCCGGUAGCUAACUGCAGUAAUUACCAGAGCUGCGGGGAGUGCCUCAUCUCCAGGGACCCUUACUGCGCCUGGAAUGGCAGGCAGUGUGUUGAUGUCAGACAGGCUCCACCAAGCAAUGUGUUGCAGCAGGAUGUGGACAAUGCAGACGCGGCAGCUAUUUGCACCAAGACAGUAGCUAGCGCACGCUUUGCCAAAUCUGCACACGCACGAACGUCAUCAUGUCAGGUGAUCAUUAUUCCAGCCAACACCUUCCAAGUGUUGCCCUGCAUGCUGCGCUCUAAUCUGGCUGAGAGGACAUGGGUGUUCAGCGAGAGUUCGGGUCACUUCCAUUACCCCAGUCCAGAGGGGGGGCUGGUGGUGGUGGCUCAGGCUGACCAACAGGAGACCUAUGAGUGCUGGUCUGUGGAGGAAGGUUUCCGACAGCUACUGGCAAACUACUGCGUGAGGGGCGAGGCCAAACACGAGAGCACCACUCAGAUGAGCCGCACACGGGCGCCAGCCAUGUCACAGGAUGAGUUUGUCAUCCUGCCUGAGGCUCGCUCCCCUCAGAUCAAUACCAAGACCUACUGGAACGAGCUAAUCGUAGUGUGUGCCCUCUUGGCCUUCUCCCUGCUCGUCUUUUCCCUGUUUGUGGUGUACAGGCACCGCGACCACAUGAAGUCCAUGCUCAAGGAGGGCGAGUGCCCCAACAUGCAACAGAAGAAGCCCAGAAUGGUGGUGAAGCCCGCUGAGAACAUGCCACUCAACGGCAACGCGGUGGCCGCCUCGGUGACGGAUCACAAGGGCUACCAGACACUUCACGACAACUACAUCUGUGGCCCGCCGUCGCAUGAGUACUCGUCGCCUGACAACAGCAAGAGCUUCUCAGAGGCGGAGAAGAGGCCUCAGAACUUACAGGAUAGCCGAGUGGAGAUCUCUCCUACCAGCCCACGGCCUCGAGUCAGACUGGGAUCGGAGAUAAAAGACUCGGUGGUGUAAAGAUUCACCAGGAGGGACACCUUUUAAAUGAAUACAAGUGAAAAGGCACCUGCUGAAAGACUCCUGGGCGAUUGGAGGGGUGGGGUGGGGGGGGUCAUCACAUAACUUUUGCACUUUGUCCUCAUUUGUGCUGUUCCUGUGGUUCAUGAACAUUUCUUUUUAUGCAUUCACAGCGCACUGACCGCCUUCAGACUUUUGGUGCUCACAAUAUAGCUCAAAAACAGAAUGUAAGUCGUGCUUGCAAAAACCUCCGCCAAGGCCAAGUUUGCACUGUGCUAAACAGCUCCCAUGACAUAAUGGGGGCGGGGAACUAUAUAGUAUACCAUUCAGGCCCGCAAUGCAAUUCUAAAAACACAAAUAAACCCCACAAAUGCUCAUUUUAUAUAUAUAUAUAUAUAUAUAUAUAUAUAUAUAUAUAUAUAUAUAUAUAUAUAUAUACACACACACAUAUACACACACACACACACACACACAGUAAAAUGUAUUGAUCUGAAUAUAAGUUGAACCCUCUUCUUCAAGACCCAUUUUUGGAAAAAUUUUCAGCAUCUCAUCAUCUCUCGAGUUCACAAGUGUUUGUGUGAGUGGCAUUAACAAAAGCUCUGACUCGCUUGGGGCCACCUAUACUUAAGGUUCCCCUACCCUUGUUUUAGAUGAAAACAAGAGCAGAGCAGAGCAGAUAAAAAGAGCACAGCUAGACUUUUGUAGUGUGACCCUGCAGUCCGUCCUUAAUAGUAAUACUUUGAAGAGAGGUAGUCAAACAUGUCCACACUCCCAUUUGAUACUUUUCAUCGGGGGGGUUUUUGUCAGCCUGUCAGCCAGUAGGAGCCUACCCACCACUGAGGCUAUGCACUAUCUACGGUACUGUAGCAAGGUCAACUCGCAGCACAUUAUUUAACAAUAGAGCAACAAACAUCAGAGGCAAAACAACAAAUUAUAUCACAUGAACCCAAAAAAUCCAGAGAAACAAAGUAUUUUAAAAGUGGGACAUACAUCAUAAGAACAACAUACUGUAUAACAUAUAAAGACACCAAGAAUGAUCAGUGUGUGAAGUCUUGACUUUUUCCUGUUUUUUUUCUUUCACUAAAUAUGUGAUGAAUAAAAUGAAUAAACAGGGAAGAAAAACCUGUUUCAGGUAUCAAGAUAGGCAGUCUAUGCAAAAGCACUUCGUAUGAAGUGAAGGGAUAAACCAUACAAGUAAGCACAAAGACGCUAUCACUUGAGGAUCAAUGGCACUGCAAAUAAACACAUGAAUUAUAUUUUAACUAUCACUAAAAGAGUCAAUUAUAGCAAUUCUUCAUCUAAGCCAGAGUCUGGAUAUUAAUAUUUUGUGGCCAAAUGUGUCUCUUUCAUGUUCACAAAGGGAAAUAAUACAUGUUUUAUAGUCUUCAUCUAGUUUGAAUGUUGUUAUUUUAUGAAUGGAAACUCCCUGCUUCUUGCUUAAAUGGUCUUCAACCCAUCAAAGAAAUAACUUAUAUUCUUAUACACAUAAAGUUAUGUAUUUUACUAAUUAAUUCUCUCCAAAUCAGUCAUCAAAUUGGGCAUAGGCAUUGCCAUUUUUUUAAUUGAUACACAGAUGCAAAGAGAUUUAUGCACAAGAUUUUGAGAAGCCUUUGUGUUUUGUUGCAAGGCAUGCACCUGCCUUUGGGGACGUGGAUAAUGCCUUGUGAGACUAAUCAAGAGAUGUGCCUCUUGAGAUCAUGAAACUAACCAGGUAACUCAGACACAAAAAGUGGUUUAAUAUUGUCACCAUUGUGGGCUCAUGAGUUUGAGUGCUUUUUCUUGUUUUGUUUUGUGGCUUUAACGUCCAUCAAGGCACUCAAAUCUUUGUUGUGUAGCAAACAAAUAACCACUGGGUGAUUUGAAUAUGUCAAACACAGAUAAGCAUAGUAUUAAUUUCGUAUGAAUCGCACUGCAAAACUGUCUUUGUGUGGGUCUAAUCAAUCGUGCAGACGAUUUCCUGCUUUGACUGUUAUUUUCCAGAAAAUAAAAAGGCAGCUGUGCUAGUGUUCAUUUCAUUAGAAAGGCCAAUUACAGAACAACAAAAAAAAAGAUGUGGCAGAGCCAAUUUAGUAAAACAAGUUACAAACGCUCUUUGAAAUGUAGUGUGCUCUCUCCAAAUGAACCACUAUAGUCAGUUCUUCGAAAUGUGACAUGUAUUGUAACUAAAAAAACAGCUCUUUAUGUACAAUUGUUUUGUAAAUUCAGCUGCCUGUGUACAAAAGAAAAUGUAUUUUUUGUAUCAUACAUCAUUUUCUUCUCAUUUUUUGUAUUGCAUAUAAAAAAGGCACUUUAUUUUAUUUUUUCCAAAUAAAGC